AUGAAGACAAAGACAAAGACCAGUGAGCGAAAGCCGCUCCCAGUGACUGUUCUCUCUGGGUUCCUGGGAAGUGGUAAGACGACCUUACUCAGGCACAUCCUGCAGUCACCGGACCAUGGCUUGCGAAUCGCCGUUAUCGUCAACGACAUGGCAUCAGUGAAUGUCGACGCGAACCUCAUCAGCCGUGGAAACAGCAAGAACAACAACGGGGAGAUCCGUGUCAAGGAGAAGAUGAUUCAGAUGGAGAACGGUUGCAUCUGCUGCACGCUCCGCGGCGACUUGCUGGUUGAACUUGCACGCCUUGCUUGGAACGAACAAGGAUUUGACCAUGUGGUCAUAGAAAGCUCUGGCAUCAGCGAGCCACAACAGGUUGCGGAGACUUUUACGACAGAGCUUACUGAGGCAAUGAUCGACGCCGAAGGGAUGGAACCUGAUGAGAAGGAGGUAUUCGCCAGGGUCGCGAAGCUGGGCGGUUUGAAGGCCAUUGCGACCGUCGAUACUAUGGUAACUGUGGUGGACGCCUUCCGCUUCUUUUCCGAAUUCGAUACUGCUGAGUUCCUGCAAGACCGUUUCGGAAGGGACGAGGUACCAGACGAAGACCAGCGGACUAUCUCCGAUCUCUUCGCCGACCAGAUUGAGUUUGCCAACGUUGUCAUCGUCAACAAGAUCGACAGGGCAGAUAAAGCAACUCUGGGUCGUGUCAAAGGCUACAUCAAGUCGCUCAACCCAAAAGCUAAGAUCAUCGAAUCCAGAUAUUCCAAGGUAGACGUCCGCGAGAUGCUAAACACGGGAAUUUUCAACUUUGGUGAGGCUGUCGCAAGCGUUGGAUGGCUGCAGUCGUUACAUGAAAUGACAGUCAUGGAUGUUCAUGGCAAGAAGCGUAUCGCGCCUAGGCCGGAAACACUGGAGUAUGGCAUCGGAUCUUUUGUUUAUCGCGCCCGAAAGCCAUUCCACCCACUGAAACUAUACAAGCUCAUCGAGGGCAAAUUCAUCCUUUUACAAGAGGAGGCCGAAGAUGUGGAUGACGGCGAAGAUGACGAAGAGGAAGAUGAGAAUGUGGUUGAUGGUUCAUCUGAAUCUGGAAGGGCCAGCGUCUCUGGGGACGAUUCCGAUGAGAUGAGCGAUGACGACGCUGCCCCUCCCAUGGAUGACAAGCAAAUCCUGGCCAACAAGAAGGCAUGUGCUUACUUCAGUGGCUUGCAUCGAAGCAAGGGCAUAUUCUGGCUCGCAACGCGUCCCAACCAAAUGGGCUCAUGGAGCAGCGCAGGCGCAAUGCUGACGCUCGGAUCUGAGAUGCCAUGGUUCUGCUGCGUAGCUGAAGAAGACUGGGGCGCCGACGACGAUACACUAAAGGCCAUCAGGAACGACUUUGAGGGCGAGUGGGGUGACAGGCGACAGGAGAUCGUUUUCAUUGGGGAGAAGAUGGAUGUUGAUGGUUUGACGAAAAAACUCGAUACGUGCCUACUUACUCGCAGUGAGAUGAAGAAAUGGGAGGAGGUUAUGCACGGUGAGAAAUCAGACGAUGAUGAGAAGGAAGAGACUCUGCAGGAGAUUUGGGACGAUGCUUAUUGGGCCGAAUGGCCACGUGCGCAAGAUGAAGAGGAGCAUGACCACGAUCACCAUCAUGGCCACAAGCACUGA